AUAUUAAUAACAAAGCUCCAAAAAUAGGGCUGCAAGUCUCUCUCACGAAAUCCUGGACUUUUGCCUCAUCUAUAUUUCUCGGCGGCCGGCGUCGGAGAGAUUGAAUAGAAAGAGAUGGCGGUGUCGGGAGGUCGACGGAAUGGAGUUCUAGGCGGCGAUGAGGAGGACGCAGCUCUUUUCGAGGAAGAAGGUGUCGAGUUCGCGGAAGAGGACAAUAUCGAUCAUUCCGAUAUCCCUCUCCACCUUCGGCCCUUAGUCGCUGCCGCUGAGUCCGGCGACCUCAACGCCCUCUGUCAAGCCCUUGAUAAUUUUGAUGGUAGCAUUGAUGAACCAGUUGAAGAUGGGGAUACUGUUCUGCACCUUACAUGUUUGUAUGGUCAUUUGUCUUGUGUUCAGUUUUUAUUGGAAAGGGGAGCCAACUUGGAGGCCAAGGAUGAAGAUGGAGCAAUUCCAUUGCAUGAUUCCUGUGCGGGAGGAUAUACACAAGUUGUCCAACUUCUUUUAAACGGUGCUAAUGAUCCAGAACGUGUCAAAAGAAUGCUACAAACUGUUGAUGUGGAAGGUGACACGCCUCUGCACCAUGCCGCUAGAGGAGAAUACGAUGAUGUAAUAAGACUGUUGCUAGCUCAUGGAGCUUCUCCAACUGCAACAAAUAUCUAUGGGAAGACUCCGAGUGAGCUCACCGAUCCUGGAACGGAAGCUCGGAGAAUCUUGGAAGAGGCUUCUAGUGCUGUAUCAGCUCAUUCAUAAGUGGGUACAAUUUUGAAAAAAGACUGCGCUAAUGAACGCAACGCAGUCAAUGAAAAUAUAAAAUUUAGAAAAAAAAUUCUCCACGUGCUAUGAAUUCUUAUAGGUUUGGUUUCCAGUGUAUAGAGAAGUAUUUAAUCGUUAGUAAAUUAAAUUUCAGGUUGAGUUCUUGACGCUUGUAUCUUAUUAUUAUUUGAUUGAUCAAGCACCAUUAUUGAUCCUAGAUUAUAUGUUUUUGCACCAA